AUGUUGAACCUGAUUAUAGGAAAUGAGCACAAGAGCAGGCUGAUUGCACAAAUAGACAGAAGAGCUGAAGAGCUAAGAAAAAGCAAUCUACAUCUGCACGCAGACGAUGAUGAAACCUACUUUGUGAUACUCAAUCCAAGCAAACCAAUGCAUGUAGAUACAUAUGCAAGAGAUCUUAAAGCAAGCAUUGUGCAGACAUGGUUUGCAGUGGUGAUGUUUAUUGUCUCAUCUGUAAUUCUAGUGAUCAUCAUGAAAAGCACCGGUGUUAUCUGA